UAAUCUCCCCACACUGUGUUUACUCCAUCUAUAUAUACAUUCAUCCAUCUCCGUUACAUUUUCAGUCAUAAAAUAAUACAAGAAACUUCCUUCUUUACACUCUAAUGGAGUCUGCAAAAGUCCCCAAGUCAUUCGGUUGUUUCUCUCAGAAGGGUUUGCUCGUAAGACUAAGUAGCUUUCGUUCGAAAAGCAACAACACUUCAAACUCCAGUUCACCUACGUUAAUGUCUCCUAAACCCUCAAAACGAAACACCAAUAACAGACAACAAGAUUUCAGGUGGGUUUUCGCUCGUUUUGACACUGACAACGAUGGAAAGAUUUCAGCUUUAGAGCUUCGAUCAUACUUCGGGUCCAUUGGAGAAUACAUGUCGCACCAGGAGGCUCAGUGCGUGAUUGACGAUUUGGAUGUUGAUGGUGAUGGGUUUAUUGAUUUUGAUGAUUUUAUGAGGCUGAUGAAGGUGAAAGAUGAGAGAGAUGAUGUUAAAGCAGCGUUUGAGAUGUUUGAGCAUGAGAAGGGGUGUGGACAGAUUAGUCCGAAGAGUUUGCAGAAGACCCUGAGUCGACUCGGGGAAUCGAAAAGUUAUGAUGAGUGUUUGCAGAUGAUUAAGGUGUUUGAUGUUCAUGGUAAAGGAGGUGUUGAUUUCAAUGAGUUUCAGCGGAUGAUGAUGACAUAAAUUGUAAAUUUAAGUUCGUGUGUCAAUAAUCAGACUAUAAAUUUCAAUCCAAGUUUAAAUGUCAAUUAAGUACUA